AACACUUAGCGUGUGGAGGCGAACCUUCCCCUUCCCCCAGGUGCAGUACGACACCUGCUCCCAGGCGACGGCAGCGGGCGAGGGGUGCCCACUAGUGACCGGGUCAAGUGUGGCUCAGUGACACCCAGUGUAGUGUAUACUGUACUACACACUCCGUGUACGGUACUUUUAUCACACACUUGACGGACUCUUUGUAACAAAGUGUCACACAGACGCUGUACACAAUAUUCUAGCUGUUAGAUUGCAUUCAUUGCCGUGAUUAGUAGGAAGACCAGACAGAUGAUUGUGGUUGCCAAGUGUCAGUUCUCAGUAUCAUAAACUUUCAAGACCAAAAAGUGAAAAUCGAGCACUUGGGAAGAGUGAGGAGAGAAUGUCGCCGUCACGGGUGUUGACGCUGCUGCUGGUGCUGCUGGUGGUGCUGGCGCUACUGACGGACGACGUGGAGGCGGCUCGUCGACGUCGUCGCCGUCGUCGCCAACGAGGCAGGAGGACGAAGGAGGGGCCAGAGUCGAGGCGUGGCGCCCGCAGGAUCCGACACGCGGCCGGCAAGAGAGCAGAGUUCGUUAGGCGGCGGCUGAGGAAGUCACGACCUGUUGACGAGGAGGGCAAGCUGAGGCUCCUGGAGGGGCGUGAAGACUGGGAGGGCAAUGUGCAGAUCUUCCACGAUGGUCGGUGGGGAAACAUAUGUGAUGACGAAUGGGAUGACCGAGAGGGGGAAAUAGUGUGCAGGUCCCUGGGCUUUCCUGGCCUCAAGAAAGUCACCUACAGUGGUGUCUACGGCCAUGUCAAAGAGAGGUUCUGGAUGGACAAUCUCUUCUGCGUUGGCACAGAGAAGAACUUGACUGAAUGUAAGUUUGAUGGAUGGGGUGUCCACGACUGUCAGAACAGUGAAGCAGCAGGUGUAGUGUGCAAAUCACACUUUGCCACCACCACCGGCCCACCCACACUGCCUCCCAGGGACCAGCCCAUCAUUGUCAACAAGACAAAGUUGGUGCACUCCUUGAAUGGCAAGCUUAAGCUUCAAAUCAAAGGAGGCAGAACAAAGUCCGAAGGCCGUGUGGAAGUACAGCUGCCCGGUACAGAUACCUGGGGCCUUCUCUGUGGUGAUGGCUGGGGUUUAUUUGAGGGUAUGGUUGUAUGUCGCCAGCUGGGGCUAAAUUAUGCCCAGGGAGCCGUAUCCACAGGUUACUUUGGAGGCAAUAAGUCUGAUGUUAUCAUUAGUGGGAUCAAGUGUACCGGUAAUGAAGACAGACUAGACCAAUGCCUGCAUGAUGGGAUUGGGGAGGUGUUUUGCCCAGACCCCAGUUCAGACCCCAAUAUUGCUGGGGUCACUUGUGUCGACAAAAUGGCUGACCUGGUUCCUGACCACCUCGAGUUAGCAAGAUCAGCGCACCUGGAAGACAAGCAGCUCUUCUUCCUUCAGUGUGCUAUGGAGGAGAAUUGUCUUUCUGGUUCUGCCACUAAAGCUCAAGAUGGUGGCUAUGGAUGGCACCUUGAGACACGUCGUCUUCUGCGCUUUACAGCCCGCAUUGUGAACCAGGGUGAUGAAGCCUUCCGUCCCUUCCUUCCCAAGCAGUACUGGGAAUGGCAUGCCUGUCAUAUGCACUACCACAGCAUGGAGGUGUUUGCCCAUUAUGACAUUAUUGACUCUGAGGGCCACCGAGUUGCAGAAGGCCACAAAGCAUCAUUUUGCUUGGAGGACAACAACUGCAUGCCAGGUGUUGAACCGGUCUUCAAGUGUGCCAAUUAUGGGGACCAGGGAAUCAGCCCGGGAUGUACUGACACAUAUGCUUAUAACAUUGACUGCCAGUGGAUUGACAUUACUGAUAUAAAGCCCGGAACAUAUACAUUUAAGGUAGCAGUUAAUCCCGAGUACAAAGUAGCUGAGAUGAAUUUUGAUAACAAUGCAGCCGUGUGUGAACUUAUCUACAGUGAGACAAGUGCAUGGGUUGGCAACUGCACUCUCGCCCGCCCCUGAGAGCCCACUAGUGCAUGGGUUAGCAACUGGUCAUUUGCCUGUUCCUGAGCAUCCACCAUGUUGGCAACUGCUUACUUGCUCGGGCCUGAGCAUCCAUUAGUACAUGGAUUGGCAACUGCUCACUUGCCUGGCCCUGACUAGUGCAUGGGUUGGCUACUGCUCACUUGCCCGACCGUGAGUGUUUGCCAGUGCAUUGGUUGGCAACUGCUCACUUGCACAGCCCUGAAUAUCCAGUGCAUCUUCCUCUGUUUGUAGACAAAAUGCAUGAUGAAAAUGUUUCUUUAUUUUCUACCAGUUAUUACUCUGUAGUAAGUGUAUUUUCUCAUAUUCAGUAUAUAUAACAUUAAAUAUGCUAAAAUUACCUUACCAUUUAAAUCUGAAGCAUGUACACUUACUAAGGCAAAGUUAAAUAAAAUGCACUCCAAAUAAAUAAGAGUAAAAUAUUUUGGUCUGUACAGUAUAGUAUGUAUUUGUAUAAAUAUAAUGUGUUUACCCUCAUAUACACUGUACAGUGUGUCCUAAAAGUCUGGCCCCAUAGGCAAAGUAUAAAAGGAACACCACUAGAAUUUGUUUACUAUAAUUUAUGAAUUAUUUAUUAGUUUAUCAGUUACAAUACAUGUUCAAAACGACAUCCAUUUACUUCAAUACAUUUUUGAAUGCAUUCAGUGUAAGAUCUUUGAACAUUUCAAAGGCCUUUCAACCUUUUAACUUUUAGGGUCCUGGUAGUAAAGUCGUGUUCUUUCUUGAGUCACAAUUGAGAAUUCUGGGUUCUAAUCCCAGGUGGGAUAGAAAUGGCACAUUUCUAUUCAUCUAAUGCCCCUGCCCACCUAGCAGUAAAUAGGUACCCAGGAGUUAGUCAGCUUGUUAUGGGUGUUGCAUCCUGGGAAGGGUCAGUAAUUUGAUCUUGGAGGGGAUCUCGCUAUAAUAAUAAUAAUAAUAAUAAUAAUAAUAAUAAUAAUAAUAAUAAUAAUAAUAAUAAUACUGUAAUUCAUUGUGUUGGGGGACAGGAAGCAAGAGUGUAUUCAAGUACGUUAGACCUAUAUCGAGGUUCCUACCAAGGUUGAAUUACUGACCCAGAAUGCAACCCAGAAUUUUGCUCUUCUCUCACAUUCCCAAAUAUAAACAUAGUAGGCUUAUCAAGUCCUUAAAAUGUUUACAGUCAUUUUAUGUUUUCUUAGUUAUUUGUUGGGUUAUAACUAUAAAUUUGGUACGAAAAUAUUUGCAAAUGAAUUCUCUUCAGAACAGAAGCAAAAACAAAAGAAUAUAUAAAAUAGAUUAUGCACAACAGUGAUGAAUGUAUGAAUGUUUAUGAAUAGCAAUCGGAUGAAGCAUUUUAAUGUUAUUGAAACGUUUACUAUUGGAGUACAGAUGAUGCGUUUUAGCGUCAUCAGAAUGUGAGUGUUUUAAUGUACAGCUUUGAGUACUCAUAAUAAUUUUAUUUAAUUCUUAUUUAAAAUUUAGUUUUGUACAGUACUGUACUAUAUUUUUAAAAGUACAGUAAUGUGUUUUUUUAUUGUGUUGCCUUAUUUAAAUUCUUUAUUAUUAUUUAGUAUAACUCAAGUAAUUGUUUGUAGUCUCUUAUAAUCUAUUAUUUGAAGCCUCUUUCCUUGUGUCUCAUGGUGCUACACUAGCUGUGAGGUCUCAGGUAGUUUAUGUAGGUACAUUUACAAUUUCUUCCUCUGAAGUUUACUUUCAUGGAACUUUUAAGUUCAUGAAUAAACUAGCUAUGUAUUUAAUAACUGUAUCCAUAACACAGUUCAAAGAAGUCUGCUUGUAAUACUGUACCUGAUUUUAUGCAAAUAUGCUCAGAUACGCUCAGAUAUGCUUUUAAUAUGCUUUUAAUAUGCUUUUAUUCAUAUAAAUAAAAAUAUGAAAAAUUAGACAUUAGGGAAAAAGACUAGGGAAAAACUAGCUUAGCAACCUGAUCUAGCUAUCAGGUUGUAAUAAUAUGCUUCUUAUUUCUUAACUUUAUUAAUUUAUUUAUUUAUAAAUGCAAAAAGGUGCAAUGGGUUGUGAAAGUACUUAUAUUGGUGAUUAAAUUAUAUAUUCUUGCAAAGCCCCUAACACGCAUUGCAUUUCAGAGUGGUUCUAAAGCUAACGCAGAAUUUGCAAUUAAUUUAAAUUUAGAAGAUAAAACAUUCAAUCUUGGUUCAGUAAUAUAUGUAAUGACAAGUAUAUAAUGACAGAAUCUGAAUUCACAUAAUUACUAUACAUACUAAGUGGUGAUAAAAGAAAUGAUAUAUUUAUGUACGUGUAGUUACUGUACUGUACAUUUCUAGAUAGUAAAAGACAAGUAUCUAAAACUGUUGGUUUAUUCUAAAAAAAUCUGAUACUAUGUCCCCAACUCUGGCUCUUUUCACACUAUAUUACUCACUAAUCUAUCCCUACCUAACUUCUGGUAAUAUCUGGGCAUGGGGUUCAACCAUUGUAAACUACCUCAAGUCCAGCAUUACCCAGCAAAAAUCAGCUAUCAGAACUACAACAAACUUUGUCUUCAGACAACACACAGCCCCUGUUCAAAUCCCGAAACAUGCUAACAUGCACUCACUCCACACAUUCUCUUAUGCUGUUUACACUUGCAAAGAAUUUUCCUAAAUUCCAAUUCCUGCCUUGAAAUUUUUCCAAGCUGGACAUAAAAGAACCCAUGAAUCUCACACCAUAAAUAAAUAUUUCUUUGAUAUUCCCAGGCAAACUAAAUAUAAGUAAAAGUCCUAUGUAAAUAAAAGGACCCAAUAUAUGGAACUCUUCCUUAUGCUGUACAAAUAAUUUCAACCUAUACUUCAUUCAAAAGUAGAAUGAUGAAGUACCUAAUUUCAUCACAAUAGUAUCCCACCUUGUGCUACUAACUCAACUAUUUUGGCGAUGUGCUUUAUGUGAAUACUGAAGUUAAGUCUCUUGUCUGUGUAUAGGCCAAGGAACUUUCCCUCAUUUUUACUAUUAAUGUUUAUUUUGUUAAUCUGAAGGUGUAUUUGGUUUGAUGAUUUGUUUCCAACUAAAAUGUACAUCUUUUCUAUAUUGUGAGUUUGUAGGUUGACAUCAAUGAGUGAACAUUUUUAACUCAAUAUUUGCAAUAUUAUUUAGAGUGUGUGGGUUGGGGUUUGAAAAGAUGAAGGUAGUAUCAUCAGCAAACAGUGUAGGUUUAAGAAUGUUAAAGACAUUUGGCAAGUCAUUGAUGUACAGUAUAUAAGAAAAAUUAGGUCUAUGAAGCUGCCUUGUGGCACUCUUGUAGGUAUUGGCAGUGUGGAAAAGGUUAUGUCAUUGAUAACUACAUAUUUAGUGUCCAUUAUUGAGAUAUGAUUGGAUAUACAGUAGUUCAGAGCAAGGUCUAGAAUUCCAUAGUGAUGAAGUUUAAGUAAAAGGUUAUUGUGAUUUAUGGUAUCAAAGGCCUUUCUCGGGUCAAUGAAGAGGUCAAUUGGGAACUCAUUUUUGUCAAAGGCUUUGUGGAUUAAGUCAAAUAAACUGAUACUGUAAUGGCUUCAUUGGUACUCCAUUGGAAUCUUAAGCUUAGAGGGGUGGAACUUGGUACAUUGAGUCUUACUAGGUAGGUGUACUGCUGCUUGUACAUACUCUUUUCAUAUAUUUUUGAUAAUACUGUACUGGUAAGUUUGGUAUUGGACUGUAAUUGUUUGUCAGUUGUAUCACCUCCUUUGUCAACUAGAGUUACUCUUGCUUUUUUUUAAUAUCUUGGGUAAAGUUUGAGACUUAAGAGAUUUUUUGAAGAGUAGAACUGUGACUGGUGGAAGGACAUGAACAGCAUUUUUUGUAUAUAAUACAGGGGUACCUCAG